AUGCGCAUCCAAUUUGUAUUGACAGAGUGCAAGAAGGUGUGGAAUUGUCAAGUCAGCAAACAACCAGUGGGCAACCUGUCCGUAUGCAAGAAGCGCAUGGAGAUGAAGAACGGUACAGAAUCUCUGGUGCACGAGUUGGAGACUAUGAAAAUCAAGAGGGGAGAGAGAGAGAGAGAGAGAGAGAGAGAGAGAGAGAGAGAGAGAGAGAGAGAGAGAGAGAGAGAGAGAGAGAGAGAGAGAAGAGAGAAUGAGAGAAAGCACAAUGGACAACGGUGUCCAUGGCCCUAG